AUGCCAGGUCCAUCAGAGGCCGCAUUGGAUUUGGCAUGGAGCUAUGCCAAGGGUGCAUCUCGUUUGCGAUGUUUCGAGGCCCCUUGCACAGACAUCAUUCAGAGGGCCAACUCGAUCAUCGCCUACGACGAACGCGUCGAUGAUCACCACUUGGAGCAAAGACCGGCCAAGGAAGUGCUGGUGUCCAGGGCAUUUCUGCGGCAUGGUCUUCGAUUUGAUGUGCCUGUCUCAAAGGGGAAAGUUGGCCAGUACAAGGAGUAUCCCUUCAUAGCUGUAGCUUCCUGGAUACAGACUUUGGACAAGGCUGGGAAGCUGGAUCGCUUUUUGGGUAUGGGACCUGAAGUUAGAAGAUUGGCGGAUGCUGGCCCAUCUCUCUUGGAGUUCUGGAAACGAUAUAAACGCCUGUAUCCAAAUCACGAGGUCUUUAAACUUGUCGCAGAAAACGCUUUGAAAUUGGAAGAGUGCGUCCCCUGCUACAUGCAUGGGGAUGAGGGCACCACUUACAAAAAAGGAUGGGAGGAUUACCGUGAUGAUCACAGUGUGAUGUCCGACUUGCUGGAGGUGCUGCUCUUGUGGAUGCAUCCCAACCGGAGGGGGGUGAGAGGGAAACUGCAGCUGAUGGCGGGGAGUGGUGUGCCUGGUGAGGUGUCCAAAACCCGGGUGGAAAAGGCGUACCCGUUCGACCCUGUAAAAGCCCGUGCGGACCUGUAA